CUGCUUCGUCAGCUCCGGGCGGCGCGGAGGGCGGGACGGAAGAAACGUCGGGACGGAAGUUCCGUCCCGUUUGAAAGCGCCCGGCGGAGCUCCCGAGAUGGCCGCCUUCGCCGCGGAGCCGGCGCCCGCAGGAGCUGAGCCCAUGACUCUUGGUUCCCCAACAUCUCCAAAACCAGGAGCUAGUGCUCAGUUUCUUCCUGGAUUCUUGAUGGGGGAUUUACCUGCACCUGUGACCCCACAAACACGUGCUUUAAGCGGCCCUGCAGUUGGUGUAAUGGAAAUGAGGUCUCCACUACUGGCAGGAGGAUCUCCCCCACAACCAGUAGUCCCUACGCAUAAAGAUAAAAGUGGUGCUCCACCUGUUAGAAGCCUGUAUGAUGAAUUAUCUAGUCCUGGACUUGGCUCAACCCCUCUAAGCUCAAGAGUAUCAGCCAGCUUUUCUGUAGCCCAGAGCCCGUUGGUUGGAACAAUGCCAUCAACUCCUGGACCAGCUCCAAGUAUGCUCAGUCCUGCAAGUGUUGGGCAGCCUAGGAAGACGACCCUCUCUCCUGCGCAGCUAGAUCCUUUUUAUACUCAGGGUGAUUCCCUAACUUCAGAGGAUCAGCUUGAUGGCACAUGGGUAACAGUAUUUGGAUUCCCUCAAGCAUCAGCGUCUUACAUUCUUCUACAGUUUGCUCAGUAUGGAAACAUAUUAAAGCAUGUGAUGUCCAACACGGGAAACUGGAUGCACAUUCGGUAUCAGUCUAAGCUGCAAGCCCGGAAAGCCCUGAGCAAAGAUGGAAGAAUUUUUGGUGAAUCUAUCAUGAUUGGUGUCAAGCCAUGCAUAGAUAAAAGCGUGAUGGAAAACUAUGAAAGAAGCUCUACAUCCUCAAUGUCGUCAAUUUUUACUUCACCUACACAGUCCUUCACCGGCACACCAGUACAGCCUGCAAAUUAUACAACAAGGAUUUCUGCAAUGAGACCUCUUGCAACAGCAUAUAAAGCUUCCGCCAGUGACUGUCAGGUGGUUUCUGACAGACAGACUCCUAGGAAAGUUGAAAGUAUUGUAUCCAAAGCAAUGGAGUAUGUGUUUGGCUGGUAAUAUGCAGGAGGACGUAACACACUAAGAGGGUUGGGGUUGGAAAUACACCAUUGACAUCCGUGGUUAGUUGUAUAACUGCCGGUGACAGUGUUUUACCUUACAUCUCACCUGUUAUGCCUUCAGUUAAUUCAGCAGAGAUGUAGCUUGCACUUUAAAUGAUGGCAAUGUAGACAUGGUUUUAAAAACUCAGUAAGUGUAAAUAAAGAGCUUUUUUUCCCA